AUGGCACCUAUCCGCGCGGCGGUCUUUGCGACGCUGCUUCUGAACGAUGCCUACCUACCAGGCGCUAUGGUCCUGGGCCAUUCAUUGAAAGACAAAGGCGCAAAAGCCCCGUUGGUGGCUUUUAUUCUGGUCGAUAGAUUGUCCUCCGAAACCAUCACUGAGCUGCGAACCGUCUACGACGAGAUCGUACCGAUACAGGAGAUCCAGAAUAAAAACCCCUCCAACCUCUACCUCAUGAAUCGAGCCGACUUGAUAUCUACUUUCACAAAGAUCGAGCUGUGGCGGCAGACGCAGUUUAAGAGAAUAGUGUACUUGGACGCAGACAUGGUCGCGCUCAGGGCUCCGAAUGAGCUUCUCACACUUGACACGAACUUCGCUGCAGUACCGGAUAUCGGCUGGCCCGAUUGUUUCAACAGUGGCAUGAUGGUGCUGAAUCCCAACAUGGCCGAUUACUAUUCUCUCUAUGCUUUGGCACAAAGGGGAAUCAGCUUCGACGGAGCUGAUCAGGGUCUCCUCAACAUGCACUUUCGCGAGUGGGAGAGACUGAGUUUUGUGUACAACUGCACACCAAGCGGCCACUAUCAAUACGUCCCUGCCUACCGGCACUUCUCAAGUAGUAUUGCAGCAGUGCACUUCAUCGGCAAAGACAAGCCAUGGACGUUGGGUAGAGAUAACAAGCUCAAUACAGGUGUGUACGGCGAGCUACUGGGAAUGUGGUGGUCCGUCUACGACAGACACUAUCGACCAAAGACUGUCACCUACUACGACGCCCAAACUUUUGAUUCCUCGAAAAAAGUGCAAGACUACGUUCGUGGGGAGGAACCUUUGUACGUAGUAGGCUAUUCCAGCCACCAGCCAGGACCCGGUCCAAUUUCACAACCCCAGCACCAAUACCACUAUCAUCCAGAGCAACAUCACCAUGAACAACAGCAGGGGCAACAGCACCAAUAUGACCACCAUCAACAGCAGGAACAACAUCAACCUCAGCAUCACGAGCAGCAGCACCAUUAUCCGACAUCCGAAAAUACUGGACAGAUUCCCUUACCUCCGCAGAUCCAAGUGUCUCAACCCGCAUCGGGUCACACAACCUCAAUAGAGCUGCCCUUGGGCGACGCACCUACUCCUAAAGCCGCAUCUGACUUCCACCCGGUUCCCACAGUCGAACAGAGGCGAUUCUCGGCACCACAUGCCGAAUGGGAUCCCGCAAGAGAGCCUCCGCCUACACACUCGAAACCAGAGGCUGCCAACUUUCCAACCACGAUCUAUGACAUGUCGAGCGAGACUACGCUCUUCCAACCGCCCUCUCACUAUCCGGAGGCGCCAAAGGAUAUGUGGUAUCAGGUGCCUGAAAAGGUUCCCGAGCCCGAGAAGCCGAAACCAAUCUUCCCCUGGGAGACAAGGGCACCCAAACCUACACGAGUGUUUCCUCAACCUAGGCAGCCGAGUCCACCACCACCUCCUCCGCCGGAACCGGAGGCCAUUGUCUCUGAGGAAGUGACAACUCCCUCGGCCGCGACGGACGACACUGGAGUGACGGAAGAAAGCGUGACCACACCGCCUCAAGCACCAGUGGACCUUUGGGCUUCGUUCCAGCAACGGAGCAAUGCAUGGGAUGACAUGCCUGAAAUAGAGCGCUACGUCCAGGCCAUCAGUCAACCUCGGAAAGGCAAGAUACAGGUUCUAUAUAAUACCCUAGGACAACGCUCGCCCCGUAAUACCAGUGGCACCACCACUCCAACAGAGAGAGACCGACGACGCCCGAGCAUCAGACUCACCGACUUCCCGACCAAGGAUGAGCGCCCGAGCUUACCGGUGACCCCGGCACCGAUCCGACGACCUACCUUCUGGGGUGAGGAGAAGGAAGAAGAAGGAACCUUGCCGACCGCAGAAGGUGUACCAAAACAAGCAGAAUGGGUGCGUCGAUUCUCCCACUACCCUCAACCUGAGUUUCCUGCUGCUUCACAUCCCCCAUCGCAUGAUGUGCAUCGUGAUUUCUAUUGGAGAUGCCAAUAUUGUGGGAAACAGAACCCGAUUACAAAGUUGGAACAACUACAAUUGUUGCAGAGUGAGGCGUUGUUAUCGCCCACAGGGCCACGGGAAUUGGCAGAGGUGGCAGAGCCUCCCGCAAGAAAAAUGCCCGAGAGUUCAACCAAGGAAGAGAUGGAGAAGGCGGUAAUUUCACACAUAUCCCCUACAAAAGUACCAAAACCUCCCAAACCCAUACUAAAGCCCCCUCACUUUGAACUGGGGCAGGAUACUGUUGAGCCUGUGGAAAAUCCAGUAAGAGGUGGUCCACGAGACAACAAUCUGUCUGGGUCUGUUGGGUCUGCGCGAGUGAAAGAGGAAUCGAUUGAUCCACUGUCUAGGCCCGGGACGGAUGACAAGGAAGAUGGGGGAGUUGCUCAGCGCGAGCCAAGAGUCGCUGUGGCAGCUACGAAGGCAUGA